GACUGUGCGCGGUGACGGUGUGAAUGUUGACCGCCGCAACAGCUGGAGAUCGGACGAGUGGGGCCGAAUUUGGGAGGGGUAGCUUAGCAUAGCAUAUCUAGCUUAGCUUAUCAUAGCUUCUGCUGUUAGCUGGCUAAAUGCUAAACCCCUAACUGCUGUCGCAUUUAGCCCUCCUGGAGGCUGGACACGUUGCGUUAAAUGGAGGAAUAAAUGUGUCUAUGUGUCAAGUGUGACAUUGCAGAGAAUGUUGCCAUGACUCACUCAACGCGUUUAAAACGAGUAACGGUCAUUGUGGCUGUGUUGCUAACGAGCCCUGCUAACAGACGUCAUCUCUGGUAAGAGGCCGCCAUGGGUGUCUUCUGACGAGAAAGCACGUUGAUGAGAGAUGAGGGCCGGCUAUCUUACUGUUGCACUUACAUUUUUUCGAUAUGCUCGUCCACAACUCCAAAUGGCGUCAGCGUGGCCUUUUGUACACGUUAAUUAUAUGACGGUGCUUCUUAAUUCCCAAAAGAGUCCCAUAUGUUGGGUACCUCAUGGCAGGCGGGCUACCAAAGAGUCAGUUGUAAAGAAUCCGACUAGUUGCUUGCCAGUUCUGGACGUUGUGGCCUUCUUGAAUAUUCAAACACGACAUCUAACUGUGGGUGUUGCUACACAUACUGGUCACUUGCUCUGCCACAGCUUUCUGUCUAGUGUUGUGCAGAAUCUGCUUUCCUGUGCUCCACCGCCUGCCAUGUCACACACAGUUGACCGUUUGCCCCACAUUCAUCCAGCUGCUGCUACCUGCCUGUGUAUGCAGUGUCAGCCUGUACUGGAAUGGCACCAGUAUGAUCUCACUAAUCAUCCCUCCCAAGGACCAGAUAUCUAGAGUGGCCAAGAUGCUGGCUGAUGAGUUUGGCACAGCUUCCAACAUUAAGAGCAGAGUCAACAGACUCUCUGUACUCGGGGCCAUCACCUCUGUACAACAAAGACUAAAACUCUACAACAAGGUGCCACCCAAUGGUUUGGUUGUCUAUUGUGGCACCAUUGUGACAGACGAAGGCAAGGAGAAGAAAGUAAAUAUUGACUUUGAGCCUUUUAAGCCAAUUAACACCUCCCUUUACCUCUGCGACAACAAGUUCCACACAGAGGCAUUGACAGCCCUGCUCUCCGAUGACAGUAAAUUUGGCUUUAUUGUGAUCGAUGGUAGUGGGGCACUGUUUGGCACACUGCAGGGCAACACCAGAGAGGUGCUGCACAAGUUCACUGUGGACCUACCCAAGAAGCACGGGAGAGGAGGACAGUCUGCUCUACGUUUUGCUCGUCUCAGAAUGGAAAAGAGACACAACUAUGUGAGAAAGGUGGCAGAGACAGCGGUCCAGCUCUUUGUAUCCAACGACAAAGUUAAUGUGGCAGGAAUGGUCUUGGCUGGCUCUGCUGACUUCAAGACCGAGCUCAGCCAGUCGGACAUGUUCGACCCUAGGUUACAGGCCAAGGUUUUAAAGCUGGUGGACAUCUCCUAUGGAGGAGAGAAUGGUUUCAACCAGGCCAUUGAGCUCUCGGCAGAGGUCCUCUCUAAUGUCAAGUUCAUCCAGGAGAAGAAGCUUAUAGGACGGUACUUCGAUGAGAUCAGCCAGGACACGGGGAAGUACUGUUUUGGUGUGGAGGACACACUCAAAGCCCUGGAGAUGGGAGCAGUGGAGAUCCUCAUAGUCUACGAAAACUUAGACACCAUGCGUUACAUUUUACGUGUACAUGGGGCAGAGAGCAACGGAUUAGAGAACGAUGAGAAGACUUUGUACUUGACACCAGAGCAGGAGAAAGACAAGUCUCACUUCACAGACAAGGAGACGGGACAAGAACAUGAGCUACUCGAGAGCAUGCCUCUGCUGGAGUGGUUUGCUAACAACUACAAGAAAUUUGGAGCUACGCUGGAGAUAGUCACAGACAAGAGCCAGGAAGGGUCCCAGUUCGUCAAGGGCUUUGGAGGCAUUGGGGGUAUCUUGCGGUACAGGGUGGAUUUCCAGGGCAUGGAGUACCAAGGAGAGGACGAUGAGUUCUUUGAUUUGGAUGACUACUAGGUAGUCGGGGACUGAUAUUUGGAGAAAAAAAGAAAAUCAAAGGAAUGAAUGAAGAAAUGAGGGAAGAAAAAUGCCACCUCUCUUGCAGCAAGUGAGGGGUGCAACCGUGUUGACCAUAUAUGACAAGACACACCUUCCAAUUUACCUGUUGCAUACACAAACUUGCGCAUACAUUUCAUCUGUACACACAACAAAAUGCAUCACACAGGCUGAAGAGGAGUGAGAUUUUCUUUCAUCCAGAGAGGGGAAAAAGCCCUCCCUGAAUAAAUCCCUGCCUUAGAGUGCUGGUUCCUUCCCCUAGUUGGAUUGGACUCGACUCAUUUUGUUCAUUUUUUUUUUUUCUCCUCCCCUCCAUUUUGAAUGAACACAACAGCAAGUUCCCAGAUUCCUCGCUGCCCCUAACCUGGUCUGAAGAUGAACUUUGGACUCACUUCUCAUAUAUAUAGAAAAUAUAUUUUCCUUUCUUGCCUCAUGUCCCUACCCUCUCUCUUCUCCCUUCAAUGCUUUCUCUUUUUUUUUUCUUUUUUUUUCCUUUUUUGCAUUUCAUUUUUUUACUGGUAACUGCUGCUGUUGUAUUUUAUGAGAGUGGGGGAUUUUUUUUACCUGGGUUUCUGUAGAGAAAGGGGGACAAAGUAUUAAAUUUGAACUGCUGAAAACCAUUGCUACCUCCUCA